AUGGUUAAACACCAGCCACUCCAAUAUUACGAGCCCCAGUUGUGUUUGUCAUGCCUGACGGGAAUUUAUGGAUGCCGGUGGAAGCGAUACCAGCGGUCACAUGAUGACACCACAAAGUGGGAACGGCUCUGGUUCUUACUCCUCACCUUUGCUUUCUUCCUGACCCUGGUCUGGUUCUAUUUUUGGUGGGAAGUUCACAACGACUACAAUGAAAUCAACUGGUUUUUAUAUAAUAGAAUGGGAUACUGGAGUGAUUGGUCCAUUCCUAUACUGGUUACGACGGCCGCUGGUUUCACGUACAUCACAGCUUUAUUGAUUUUAGCGCUUUGUCACAUUGCUGUAGGACAACAGAUGAACCUGCAUUGGAUCCAUAAGAUUGGGUUAAUCACUACCUUGAUCUCGACUGUUGUUACAAUGAGUUGUAUAGCCCAGUUGUGGGACGAUGAAUGGGAUAUGGUGGUGAUAUCGUUGCAAGCAACUGCUCCUUUUUUACACCUAGGAGCCCUUGUGGCUGUCACGGCCCUGUCUUGGUUGGUCUCCGGGCAAUUUGCAAAAGCCGAAAGAGCCGCUUCACAGCUGCUGAUGUUUGGGACCUACUUUGCCGUGGUCCUUGGGCUGUACCUGGUGCCCCUCACCAUCUCCUCCCCUUGCAUCAUGGAAAGGAAGGACCUGGGGCCCAGACCGGCCCUCCUUGGCCACCGGGGAGCCCCCAUGUUAGCACCUGAAAACACAUUGAUGUCCUUCCAGAAAGCAAUGGAAGAAAAGGUCUACGGUGUGCAGGCAGAUGUGGUGAUAAGUUAUGACGGAGUGCCUUUUCUUAUGCACGACCAGACUUUGCGAAGAACGACCAACGUCGAGGAAGUAUUUCCAGAACUAGCUUACGAUCAUUCCUCCACCUUCAACUGGACAGAUCUGGAAAGACUAAAUGCAGGCAAAUGGUUCCUCAAGAAUGACCCCUUCUGGACAGUCAGCUCCCUUUCCCCGUCUGACUUCGUCAAAGCCGCCAAUCAGUCGGUCUGCAGACUGACCGAGAUGCUAGAGAUGGUCAAGGGCAACGCCACCGUCCUCUUGAACCUUCAAGGCCUGCCCGAAGACCACCCCUACUUCGGCACUUCGGUCAACGUCACCCUGGAAGCCGUCCUCGCCUCGGGCAUCCCUCAGCAGGCUGUUGUUAAAACGGGAGAAAAGAGGGGCGACGAGAAGGUCCACUACACCAACGGGUUAGACCUGUCCGUUGACCAAGCUCUUCAGCGGGGGCCUAAGGUUGUCUGGAUACCCGUCUUCUGUCUACGGGUCGCCAACUCUCUGGUUCCAAAGGUCUACGAGUUGGACUCUAUGUGGUUCCAGGAAUAUGUCAGUGCAAAUCUGAGCGUCAACCUGUACAUCGUCAACGAGCCCUGGCUGUAUUCCAUCCUCUGGUGCAUGGGGGUUGAGUCGGUCACCUCGGACAAUUCGCAUGUUCUCCGCCGGCUGCCUUCCCCCCUCUGGCUGAUGCCUCGGGACGAAUACCAUCUAAUCUGGAUAACGGCCGACCUCGCUUCUUUUGUCAUCAUUGUGGGGAUUUUUAUCUUCCAGAACUAUCACUUGAUCAGGUGGCGCUUUGGCAGCAUUCGCACCUACAACCCGGAGCAGAUCAUGCUCAGUGCCGCCGUCCGGCGGUCCAGCCGGGAUGUCAACAUCAUGAAGGAAAAACUCAUAUUUUCAGAAAUCAACAGCGGCAUGGAGAUGGCGGACGGGUUCUCCUUGUGUUCGGACAACGGCUACGCCAACGAGCUUGUCACCCCCAUGGACCACCGGGAAGCGAAGCUGCGUAUUAACUGA